UCGCCAUCCUAUUGGAAAGAAAUGUACGUUAAGCCCUCCUCUCUGUUUGGAACAACACCACUGUGCUCCUCCUGCUCGAAUGACCCGAGGGGAUGUUUUAGUCAAGCAGAAGAAAGGAAGCGGUCUAGUUAGGUUUUAAACUGGAGUAAUACACAUUCUGUAAGAAAUAUAACAACGAAGAGCAACAAAUACAAAGGACACACUAUUCUCACAUUUUAAACACCUGGAAAGAAACGCACACCUCCUUCAAUUUCGGUGCAGGAUUACGCACGAGAUAUCAUCACAACACCAGGUAUAUAUUAUAAUCUACACGCCUGGAUUUGGUUGCGUUGGUCCACUGUGUAUAAAUAAACAAGCAAGUGCCGUAAGAAAUUGAAUGGCAAUUUAAAGAGACACAAAAACAACAUAUAUAUAAAUUAGAAAACAUACUGGGCUACAGAGAUUGUAUAGCUUUUAUGAGGUGUGGAUAGCGUUGAAAAUGCAUUACAUCUGCCGCCUGCUGCUGCUAUUGUGAUGUGCGACAUUUAUGACUUUUAACAAAUGGUGCUAAGGAUUUUACAGAUAGUCGCAUACAGCUGUUGUAUUUUAAAGAACAUUCACAAGCCUGCACCUCUAGGGAAGUAUUGCUGUACUUUGAUCGAAUAAGUUAUCAGGGCACUUUUACACGUUAGUAAAUUCAGGGCGAAUGCAAAUUUAGCACUGCACAUAAACAAAGACCGCGAUUGCAAUUUAAAGUUUGUUACGGUUUUGCCCUUUAAAUAUGUUUUACCGACCCCUUUGAAAAGACCUAAACGUGGACAGGAUUUGCUGAUGAGUGGAAUUUUGGGGGAAAUUAGCAUGUGGCAGUACCUGACAUCAUUGCGUCCUCAUAAACACCCCAACCACGCUUGAAGAGGCUGUAUAAAACCCAGCGUUCCAUAGAUAAUGCAAGUCCAGAAGUUAAUGCAUUAAUGUAGAAAUAUCCUUUUUGAACAUCCUGACAACAAAUCGAUUCCCUUGCCAAGGAUUACGACAAGCAGCACAAGAGAUCAUCUCAGCCUGCUGCCUCAAGCUCGCUGAAUAGGUGCAUCCUAUUGAAAUGACAACACAAGGUUUUGUGUAUCAUAGCCUCAGCUGAUACAUCAGGAGGAAGGCUCUUCACGCACAGCCCACACACAGUGAGGCUACAAUCACAGCAGUCACAAGGGUAAUUGGGUAAAGUUGUCUUUUGGAGCAUCGCGGUGGCUUUCAUCAUUACACUUAAAGACUGAAAAUUGGAUCCCCUUCAAAGAUACUCUUGAGCACACAGGAGUUUAAAAUUUCAUAAGACCUGGAUAAACGGCAAACUUGUUAAAUAACCCUUUCACCUUCAAAGAAUAUCUGUUUCUACAGCAAGAAAGUAACAGUUCCUUGGAAGGAUAGAAACAGCGUCGUCUAAAACACAUUUUCAGAAAGCUUGUUCAAUUUUCAACAGUACAGCUGAAGCAGGUGUGCUUAACUUUACAUCAUCCUUGAUUUGUAGGGACAUACUUCACCUGAAACUGAAAAAACUGGCGAAAUCGAAGUGACGACAGUAGUUCGAAAUAUUACCAAGAAGCUACUGAGAAACAGUUUCAAUGGGAUCUAAUAUGACCAUGGAGUGUGCUGUGGUUUUCCUUGCACUACUGUUAUUUGCAGGCACAAGUUCAGCCAAGCGUGUGGUGACAGUUCAGACUGGCACUCUGUACCGGACUGUGGACUCCCACAUUACAAUCUGGUGCAAUGUUAGUGGCUACCAGGGCACUAUGGAGCAAGACUUCCAAUGGUCUAUCUACCUGACCUCUGCCCCUGAGCGGGAGAUCCAGAUCAUCAGCACCAAGGACCCCAACUACGCCUACGCCCUGUAUGGAGAGCGAGUGCGUAGCAAGGAAAUCUACAUCGAGAGGGUGAGCGGGGACUCAGUACUGCUGCACAUCACAAAACUCCAACAGCAGGACCAGGGGGAGUACGAGUGCUACACCCCCAACACUGAUGCUCACUACCUGGGAGUGUACAGUGCCAAAAUGAACCUCACCGUUAUACCAGACACUCUGAGUGUGUCCUCGGCUGGCCAGACUCUCAGCAAAGUGGAGGGGGACCCUCUGAGUCUUACCUGCGAGGUUUCAAAGCAAACUUCCCAGCACAGCCACCUCUCUGUGGGCUGGUUCCUGCACACAGCCGGCCAGACAGCUGCCCAGGAGAUCAUCACUCUCUCCAGGGACUUUGUGCUUCGCCCGGGGGGAACCUAUAGGCAGCGGUACUCCUCGGGGGACGUGCGGCUCGACAAGACUGGCAGCACCUCCUACAAGCUGACUGUCUACAUGCUGCAGCCCUCCGACCAGGGCGAGAUCUACUGCGAGGCCACCGAGUGGAUUCAGGACCCUGACAGGUCGUGGUUCGCCAUGACCAAGAAACAGGCUGACAAGAAUGUGGUUAACAUACAGGCCACAGACAAGGAAUUCAACAUCCAGAUUAACACAGAGAGACGGGCCUACACGGCUGGAGAGCCUGCAGAGCUCAGGUGCAUCAUUGAUGCUCAGAGCAUCCCUGAACGCUACUUCUCUGUGUCCUGGGUGUUCAGCAGCACCCAGGUGGCUGUCAUGGGCCCCAAUGCCGUGCCUGUCCUGAACGGGGACUACGCCCUGAGGGAGGGGGCCGGCAAGCUGACCUUCCGCAAGGAGAGUGAUGCCAUCUACCUACUGAAGAUCCACCAGCUGCGCCAGGAGGACACUGGGAAGUACAUCUGCCGAGUCACAGAGAGAGAGAAAACUGCGACUGGAGACUUCAUUGACAAAAACAAGAGGUCCAGGAAUGUUCAAAUCUCCAUUCAGCCACUGAAAAGCAACAUCACUGUGUCAGUGACAAGCAAUUCGAGCAAUGUGCCCGAAGGCAGCGCUGUUCAUUUUACCUGCACUGUGAAUUCCAUCACGGAGAACCAAGGCCGUCUGUCCGUGUCCUGGAAGCUGACGGACAAACAGAGCCAGGCAUGGGAGAUUGUGUCUGUGGACCAGGAGGGGAUGGUUGUCCCGAGCCCUUCAUAUCGGGAGCGCAGCAGCUAUGGGGAGGUGCGGGUGGAGAGAGUGCGGUCGGGCACCUUCACCCUGUCGGUCUACAACACUCUCCCGAAGGAUCAGGGCCUGUACACUUGCACUGUCACCGAAUGGGUCAAGGGGCCGAAAGAUGAAUGGGAAACGAUUGGGGAGAAGUCAGCCGGCACACCUGUGACUGUCACCGCAGUGGAGUCUAUUUUCUUCAUGGCCGCUUCCUCAAGAACCCCCAGCGUCACCUACAACGAAUCCUUUGACCUCCAGUGCAUCGUCAAGCCCCGCUACAACCCCCGGGUACCUGCCUCCGUGACCUGGCGCUUCAAGCCUGUCAACGGCACCGAGUUCCAAGACCUGGUCACCUUCACCCGCGAUGGCAGCUUGCAGUGGGGAGGCCGCUACUCCAGCUUUGGCAUCAGAACUACCAUCGACAAGUCGUCUUCCAACAGCAACUUCCGCCUCAGCAUCAGCAGGGCCAGCAAGCAGGAGGCCGGCACGUACCAGUGCGCUGCCGAGCUGUGGAGGAAGAACUACGACAACACCUGGACCAAGAUCACAAACAGGAGCUCCAAUCUGCUGGGGAUCAAAGUGCUGCAGCCUGCGAGCAAACUGCGAGUCAGCAAAGCCGACAUGACCCUGGCGUUUGUCGAAGACAGUCGUGUUCCACUCAACUGCACGAUCGCUUCUCAGACCAGCCCGGAUGCCCAGUACACAGUCCUGUGGUACGCCAUGAAAGAGGAUGAGGCAGACGCUGAGCUCCUACUCAAGAUCAACCAUAACUCUGCUUUCGAGUAUGGCACCUACGCGGAAGAAGAGAGACUGAAGAGCCGGGUGCAGUCUGAGCGUCUCUCCCCACAGCUCUACAGCCUCACCCUGCACCAGGCCGAGCUCAGUGACAGCGGCAGCUACUACUGCAGAGUAGAGGAGUGGUUGCUUGACCCCAACAAUGCCUGGUACAAGUUAACUGAGGAGACUUCGGGGUUAACAAAGGUCACUAUUAAACGCCCAGAAAUCAGGCUAAAGGUAGAGGAAUCUGAAUCCAACAUGACAGUGAAAGAGGAGGAUGCCUUCACACUGGGUUGCAGCAUCUCCUCGCAGUCCAGCAAAGACUCCCACUUCUCCGUCUCCUGGUAUGUCAUCAGCAGUGAGAACCCCGAACGAGAGUGUGUCUUCUCCAUCGGACACGACAACGUCUUCGGGAAUGGCAACUGCAGCUCCUCCGAGGGGCAGGGCCCAGGGUCCAGGCUGCAGUUUGAAAGGACAUCUACCGAGUCCUACAGCUUGACGAUAGAGAAGGCCAGACUCUCAGAUGCUGGGAACUACUACUGUCAGGUGGAGGAGUGGCUUCUUGACCCAAGGAAUGCCUGGUACCACCUGGCAGAGGCUAAUUCUGGGGUGACAGUUGUCUCUGUGCUUGAGCAAGGUUCUUCUCUGCAGUCAGUCAUCUGUUCCAAUGACUCGCUCUUCUACUUCAUCUUCUUCUACCCGUUUCCCAUUUUCGGGAUCUUGUUGAUCACAAUUCUGCUGGUGCGCUAUAAGGCUCGCAACUCCAGCAAGAAUUCAGAAGGUAAAAAUGGCGCCCCUCUGCUGUGGAUCAAAGAGCCUCACAUCAACUACUCCCCCACCUGCCUGGAGGCCCCCAGCCUCAGCCUCCACCCAGGCUCUGUGGAGUAACCUAGGCGACUCUUUUCAAAAAGAGCAGGCAAAUAUGAUGAGAGCGACUUUUGGGCUGCAGCCAGUGACAAUCUCCAGUGACUUGCUGAUUGAGUCUCAAACCCGUCAGCCAUCUAUUUCCAUGACCUGUCAGUGAGACCUUUCUGAUUUAGAAAUUUGCAGCAGCAACAUCAUGCCAGUCUUGUAGUUCCUAGAUCCCCACUGGCCAGCAUAUAUACAUCCACCAAAACCCUACAUAGGAUCAAUCCCUUGAGCUCAGUCUAACAACUUCUACCAAUAACAACACCCCAGAAAGUACUACAGCAAACUAAUACCUGGGUCGGCUGCCAUUUGCUUAAUAUGUAUUUUCGUUCCAGAACUUAGUUUGAAAAGUUCAGUUUUCCUCUUAAAUGGUUUUAUUUUCUUGACAUUUGAUGGUAUUAAUGGGCAGCAGUGUGGAGUAGUGGUUAGGGCUCUGGACUCUUGACCGGAGGGUCGUGGGUUCAAUCCCCAGUGGGGGACACUGCUGCUGUACCCUUGAGCAAGGUACUUUACCUAGAUUGCUCCAGUAAAAACCCAACUGUAUAAAUGGGUAAUUGUAUGUAAAAAUAAUGUGAUAUCUUGUAACAAUUGUAAGUCGCCCUGGAUAAGGGCGUCUGCUAAGAAAUAAGUAAUAAUAAUAAUUGUACCUACAGUACUGCACUGUUGUAUCUCUAUAAACUCUUGCACCAUUGCAAUAAAGUGUUUCGAGACAGUAAGAAGAAUAAGAAGUUGAGUCAAUAUUCAACUCUGGAUGCAGAAGGAGUACGAAUAUCCACAGAAAAGGAAGGGCACCAAAAGAUUUAGUUUUUACUUGAAAAUCCGUGAAGGUCACUUGGAUAGGAGAUAAAAUACCUUGAUAUUGAAGCACAACCGUCUCCUAAAAUACAAAAACUGCAAAGUUGCAGCAAGAGGACAUCUUGGAGAGAGCAUGUUGCCAGUGCAGUUUUAAAAUGAGCAUCAUGAGUCUUUAAAUGAAAACCAACGUGAAUUCCACACCACUGGAGUAUGGCUGGGCAUGCAAAUGCAGGGCAAGCGUUCCUGAACUGCACUAGAAAUACUUGGACUCCAAGAUGGAAGAUGUUUGCGUUGGUUCACACUGGACAUUUGUGGGUUACUGUGGGACACUAUGGAGAUCAGUGAACAACAGUGCUCUUGUUUAAGCCGCUGUUGUAUUAUUGUUCAGUAUAUCUGUGAUUUAAUGAACAACUAACAGCGCGUUCUCUGGUUGCAGUUAGUAGUUUUUAUUUUACACUGUAGAAGCUGAUGUGUUGGUGCUAAAUGUACCCUGUUUUAUGCCAAUGGGAGAUUUUCUUGCUAAUUACUGGAUGUCCACCCUAGGCAUGAUGUAGACAAGCUCAGACAUUCAGUGUAGACAAAAUUCUAAGUCAACUUAGAGGUGAACCUGCUAAAUACAUGUUUUUCAAGCACGGUCUUUAGUGUGUUGCUAACUUUAAUAUUAGUGAUGCCAUGACAGUGCCAUUGUAUACAAAAAAUUAAGUUUAAUGUAAUAACAUUUUCAGUAUUUGCUAUCUGCAUAACAAGUUCUACAUUGUUAGAGAUUGUGUUUAGUAUUUAACAGGAUUUUUUUUUCUGGACGUCCCAUUUUCCUUUUAAUUAUUGUGAAUCUAUAUUUGUAAAAUGUAAUAUUGACAUUAUGUUUAAUAUGUACACGGCUAAAGAAUCCUAAAACUUUUUGAUGUUUACAUGAUUAAGUUGAAUUUUAAGUUGAAACUUUCUAUUUACUAUUUUUAAAACGUACACACUGACAAGCAAAGAAAAGAUCAGGUUGAUCAGUCCUCCCACUUGGAUUCUAGCUAAACACUGCCAGAUAAUUUUACAGGAAUGCAGCAACAAAGCAGAACACACAUUUAGACAAGCAGCUAUAUCAUGCAUCCUUUCAGUUUAGUAUCCUGAGAAAUGACUCUGUAUGCUGCACAUAGGUCAGCUGCUGGCAUUAUAUUGCACAUACAAUGACAAAACAGCAUGCAAUGUGCUUGUUGAACAAAUGCUUAGUUUGUGUCUGACUGUCCAUAGUGUUGUAUCCUUGCUAUCUGAUGUGUUAUCUAGACUUGGAGAUUAGUUAUCAGUACUAUGUUUUCUGUUUGCUGUCGUACCAGUAAACAAGCGCUAUCUAAAUGUUGUGGUCAUAUUGAGCUCCAUUUACAACAGAUUUUAUAAAUCACAGAUUCCACAUAUAUAGUGUACUGGUAGAUAUCUCACAGACCCCCUCUCUUCCAGAGUGACCAGCUGCAGUAGAAUAAUUUCACCUUCAUCAGCAGACUACAACCCCUUGGAGUUCAGCUGCUUCCAUACGCUGUUAUACAAUACUAGUCAUUUCAAUUACAAAAUAGGCACAUUUGAUGCUUUUAAUUGUCGAUCCCUGAGAUGAUCUGUAUAAAACUCAUUGACAAAUAGCAUAAAGACAGCUUUAAACCUUUUCUGUGGGGGUGGGGGGUGGGGGGGAUAUUUUAUGUGAUUUACAGCUUUUUUUUCUUUCUUUCUGUCAGACUUGUGUCAAAAUGUAUAUGCAUGACAGAAAGAACAUUGUGAUGUUUUGUACUUUUACAAUAUAAUGAAUUGCACAGAGUUGUGUGUUCCUAUAGUGUGUACUGGCCAAAAAAGGUAGAUGUGAUGGUGUGUGUAUUUAGUUAAGCUAGUGCUGUUUUUUUUAUUAUAAUAAUCUUUUUGUUUUGUUUUUAUCUAAUUUUGUACAUAAAAAGUGCACUGAAUUGUGGAUUUUUUUUUGUACUUUUUAUUGUUUUUCUUAAUGCAUCAGGACUGUAGCAAGCACUUCAAAUGUCAUUGGUAAACACAAAAAAAAUAAAAGGCACUGAGUAUUUUCUCUCAAUUGCAAUACUAAUAUGUUAAAUAUUGUCUCAAACUGCAUUGUGAUUUCACACGAUUUUAUUGCAGUUCUGAUGCGUAUUACACACCUAGACAUUAAAACUAGUUGGUGCAGCAUCUCUCUCAACCAACCCCACCUGAUUUCAUAUACUCACUAACACAUACAUGCGUACAAAAGCAAACACUAUUGUUUUUGUACAAAGUGGGACAAAAUGGGCUUCAGUGUCCAUUUCCUUGUAAUAGUGCAACAUGUUGGAAAUAUCAGCACUUGUGUAGGACCCUCUUAAAUUACCAAGGCUGUGCUUUUUUAUUUCGUUUUUUUAAUUCUGCUACUGAGCAUGCUCCUGGGUUUUAUCUGUCUAUCUGUUGCACUUGUGACAGCUUGAAUAAAUGUUAAUCGUUUAUAA